AUGUCUCAAUACCCACGAAAUGACGCUCCUGGUGUCCCUGUCCAGCCCUCGCUAUCCUUUACUCAAGGAUUUCUCCUCGGCCAGCUUUCCGUCGUCCUAUUAAUCGGAGCUUUCAUCAAGUUCUUCAUCUUCGGCGAAGCACCAGCACCUCCAUCGCGUGGGCUAGCCAGCCGCACGGCAACACAUCGUCGGACAUAUUCCAUAAACCAGGGUGAUAGAGAUAGCAACAAUAGUGGUAGUCCGCGGUCAUUGCGAGAAAAACCGUCUACUUCCAAUGUCCUGCGCCCCGUGCCGUCAUCCGCAACCAAUACUCGUUCGAUUUUGAGAAAGACAUAUUACAAUGCAAUCCCCACGCAGCUCUCUCACAAUAAACAAGGCCGACAUAGGAUACAACAUUCUACGCACCAGCCCGAGUCUCUGGAUUGGUUCAAUGUUCUAAUCGCACAAACCAUUGCUCAAUAUCGUCAAACGGCGUAUCUGCUCAAAGACUCGCCUACUUCUUCAAUCCUUGAUUCCCUAUCUGCUGCCAUCAACGACCCCCAGAAGAAGCCAUCCUUUAUUGACACUAUUAAAGUCACGGAUAUUUCCCUAGGCGAAGAAUUUCCUAUAUUCAGUAAUUGUCGCGUCAUCGCCGUGGACGAUGCAAAUUCAGAUGGGGGCAGGUUACAGGCGUUGAUGGAUGUUGAUCUGAGUGAUGACAAUCUGUCUCUAGCUAUCGAGACAUCGUUGAUUUUGAAUUACCCAAAACCGCGCUCCGCCGUUCUCCCAGUCGCUUUGUCGGUUUCUGUUGUUCGUUUCUCUGGAACUCUCUGUAUUUCCCUCAUUCCGGCUAGCACGUCAGCGUCAUCACAGACUUCGUCCACCUCUCCGACGCCGGAUGCUAGCAGUCUAGGCAUGCGUUCGCUUUUCCAGCACCUUUCCGCGGAGUUGAACGGAACAGCUGCAUCUCCGACACCAGAUCGGGAGAAAAAAGGGGUACCUAAGACGAAUCUGGCAUUCUCAUUUCUGCCCGAUUACAGAUUAGAUUUGUCUGUGAGGUCUUUGAUUGGAUCUAGGAGUAGACUGCAGGAUGUUCCCAAAGUGGCGCAAUUGGUUGAAGCCCGUAUUCACGCCUGGUUUGAAGAACGGGUUGUAGAGCCACGGGUACAAGUAGUUGGCUUGCCUGACUUCUGGCCGAGGAUGGGACGCACAGGCGUAAGGCCGGGUGAUGAUGCUGAAGUCGGAGCGACUGCUGCAGCGGCAGCUGUAUCAUCCCGAAUUGGUCCACAGCAAACAGUCGUCGCAACUUCGGGAUCCGAGGAGGCCAUUCUCGAGGAUAACCCAGGGCAAGGCGGAGUGAGAUUUCGCGGGCCAACAAGAUAUGAUUCUACGAAUUUUCAAGAUCUCCCUCCCCACUCGAAUUCUGUUUAUAAUCAGGACUAUGAUUCCCGAGGGAGUGCUUCUGUUACGGGCAACGAAGCUCUUGAUAUGCCUGGCUCGUUACAUAGAGCCGUUCCCACGCCAUGA